UUUUUAGUAAGAACAAAAAGAAGACGGUGGAAGCCGAGCGUGAAUCAGAGAAUCAGACACACGAGACGGAACCUGAACAGAAGUUAGAGGAACCAAACUUCCAGUUCCAGACCAGUUUCUCACGACCCAUGAUGCAGAACGUGACGCUCCUCCUGCUGCUCCUCACCCUGGACCUCCUGCUCGCCGUCUCGGUCAAACUGCCGGCAUCUCAGCUCCCGGAUACCAACAUCCCCAUCAGGUACUUCCCUGAGGUCGAUGACUACGAUUACGAAGAAACCACCAAGCCCUCCGUGGACCACGAUCAGCCUAAAGCGAGCACCACUCACUUCAUCCCUCGGGAGUGCCACUACGACCCCUGCGUGGUUCCCGAAGUCCCCUGUUCGGUGAUCUCCGCCCAGACGAGGUGCUACUGUCCCGGGAUUACGGGUCCGGACGAGCUUCCCGUGGCUCCACAGCUGAAGGAGCUGAAGCAGGGAGAACGUGGGGAGCUGGAGGUCCACUGGUGCGCCCCUCAAUCCACCGUCACGCACUAUGAAGUGGUCGUAGAAGGAGGGAGCCACGACCCGCAGGUUUAUAGCGAGUCCACGCGUGUUGGGAUGGUGCAGGGAGUAAGGGUGGGGUCACGUGUGUGCGUGGUGGCGGUGAAUAAUGCCGGAAUCAGCGGCGAAUCCGAAACGUCGUGUGCACGGUUCGAGCUUCCUGAGUCCAGUCGGGCUGCCUUGACCUCAGGGGUGGCCGCCGGGGGCGUCGUCCUACUGGUGCUGAUCUUAGUGGUCGCACUUUUGCUGUGGAGGAGGAGGAACAGUAGGAAGAGCGGCGCCGUGGACGGGGAAGGACUCAAAAAUCCGUCCUACACUACAAACGGAACGCUCUGAUUGGACGGGAUGAACUCUGACGCAAGGUGGUGAUUGGAUGGCAGCAGAUAGACUGUUAAACGGUACAAGCAAGAAAUUCCUUCCAGUUCCUACGUCAUGAACGAGGUGGUGCGGCGUUCUAAUAUGCUAGCCCGCCGCUGCUGAGCCCUCAAGUCCAAACAUCAGCUGUGCUCUCGAUCUGGCCGGGCAUCCAAAUAAAAAAGGGAAGGGAAAUCAUCUAAGCUCCUCACUGCUGCUCAAAUGCGACCUCUGGUGGCUGGUCGGGGGGGGGGUCACAGAGUGGCGUAGCGUGACUGUCCAUACACAAUUCGUACAGUGGCAGGUGAAAAGAAGUGUCUGACGAUUGCUCACGUCUCAGAGGGGGUGUGUGAUAGUCCACGACUCUCCUCGGUCAGGACGGGGAAUU